GCGUUUAUGAGAAGCUGCGGAACAAGCCCGCUGCCGGCGGUGCUGCGACGGAGGAGAAGCCCCAGAGCGGCGCUCCCACCCCGGAAUCCGACAAGCUGAAGUCGGAAGGAAACGCUGCCAUGGCGCGCAAGGACUACAGCGGUGCGAUCGACUUGUACACCCAGGCUCUGGCCAUCGCCCCCUCGAACCCUAUCUACCUCUCCAACCGGGCCGCUGCCUACUCCGCCGCCGGACAACACGAGAAGGCGGUCGAGGACGCGGAGCUUGCCACCGCCGUCGACCCCAAGUACUCCAAGGCCUGGAGCCGUCUGGGUCUGGCUCGUUUCGACCUGGCCGACUACCACGGUGCCCUCGAGGCCUACGAGAAGGGCAUCGAGGCCGAGGGUAACGGUGGCAGCGAGGCCAUGAAGCGGGGUCUGGAGACCACCAAGAGAAAGAUCGAGGAGUCGAAGCGCGGUGCGGAGCCCCCCUCUGACGCCGUGGAUGAUGCCGCUGGCGCGUCUCGCGGUGCCGGCGGUAUGCCCGAUCUCUCUUCCCUCGCUAGCAUGCUAGGAGGCGGCGGCGGUGGUGGUGGUGGUGGCGGUAUGCCCGAUCUUAGCUCUAUCAUGAGCAACCCCAUGUUCGCCAGCAUGGCCCAGAACUUGAUGAGCAACCCCGAUGCGCUCAACAACCUCAUGAGCAACCCCCAGCUCAGACAGAUGGCUGAGAACUUUGGCCGCGGAGGUGGCAUGCCCGACAUGUCUUCUUUGAUGAGUGACCCAAGCAUUGCCGAUAUGUAGGUUCUCUCCCAAUUAUUGCUCAAAUUAGAUAGAUACUAAUGCUGCGUUAUUAGGGCCCGGAACAUGAUGGGCGGCGGUGCUGGACGGGGAGGCCAGUAAUGACUAAAAUAUCGUCUGAUGCCCGUGCAACUUUUUUAUUUCUAUCACUUGCGAAAGAAUAUUUCCCUUUAUCUUCACUAAGCUCGUUGGCUGCAUUUAGCUUCCUUGUUUUGUACCAAGCUUGAGGACCUUUCUGAACUCGAGAAGGAAAAUAGAGACUGAUGCGCGACACGCACACUUUUUGACUAAGAAGUGUAGUAUAUUUUUCACAUUAUAUUCACAAACUCUUCGAUGAACCUCGACUUGUAGGCCCAGGCCGUUAGGGCAUCAAGCCCCAAAUUUUGCCGCAAGAGCUUUUGUAAGAUCUUCAUCCUGAAGAGGCGGUCCUCCAGCUGAAACGUGUAAAGGAUAAAA